AUGUCGAGCGAGGACAUCCUGGCCCGCUACGACCGCUACUACGCCGGCGCCACGGACUGGGGCGGCGCGCAGCCGGCGCACGACGACAACAACAACGCGGCGGCGACGGAGCGCUACUUCACGCUCAUCACGGACUUCUUCGAGUACGGCUGGGGCGACGCCUUCCACAUGGCGCCCCUGCGGCCGGACUGGUCCUUCAAGCGGUCCAUGGCCUACUGGGAGCAGAACUUCGUGCUCACGAUGGGCCUGAAGCGCGACAUGCGCGUCGCGGACCUGGGCAUGGGCAUCGGCGGCCCCAUGCGCCGCGUCGUCGAGUUCACGGGCGCGAACAUGACGGGCGUGACCAUCUGCGAGCACCAGAUCAAGCGCGCGCACGCGAUCACGGCGAAGCUGCCGCAGUACAUCCAGGACCGCACGGAAUACCUCCGCGGCGACUACAACGACCUGCCGGCGCAGAUGCUGCCGUCGACCUACGACGCGGCCUACUUCAUGGAGUCCCUGAGCCACUCCGAGGACCGCGCGUCGCCGCUCGCGCAGGCCGCGAAGAUCGUCAAGCCCGGCGGCAUCGUCGCCGGCUGGCAGUGGAUGCUCCGGCCCGAGUUCGACUACGACAACGAGCGCCACAUGGACCUGAAGCGCGGCAUGGAGUACGGCGGCGGGCUGCGCAACCUCAACAAGCCCGACGCGCGCAUCAAGGAGUACGAGCGCGCGGGCCUCGAGGUCCUCGAUUCCUACGACAUGGGCACGGACGCGAUCGAGCGGGGCCACCUCGGCUGGUGGGUGGCGCUCACGACGGGCAUCGACCUCCCGAGCCGCCUCACGUCGAGCCACUGGGGCCGCAAGCUCACGAUGGCCACCACCAAACUCCUCGAGAUCAUCGGCGUCGCGGAGCCGGGCACGCUCCGCACGGCGCUCAUGCUCGAGCACUGCGGCUUCUCCGCGGCGACGGCCGGCGAGCUCGGCAUCUUCACGCCGGCCUGGGUCACCAUCUCGCGCGUGCCCCUCGACAAGAACGACAAGGCCCACGCGAAGCGCAUCGCCGACCUCCAGUCGAACAUCGCGCUCACGCUCAAGGAGGGCUCCAAGUAG